UAUGUAAUAAGAAGAGAAGGGAAGAUUUGAGAUUAAGAAAUGGUAUCCUGUUGCAUUUUGGUGUAUAUAAAUAGUAUGAUAUUAGCUUGGAGUUUGAAGGUUGAACAUUGUGCUAUUUGUAAAAAUCAUAUUAUGGAGAAAUGUAUUGAAUGUGAAGGAAAAGAUUAAAAAGAAAUUUGUAUUACUUAAUAAGGAAAAUGUGGACAUGCCUAUCAUGAACAUUGCAUAAGAUAAUGGCUUAAAACAAAAAAUACAUGUCCUUUAGAUAAUAAAUAAUGGGAAGAGGAAAAAAAAGGAAUUUGAGU